AUGAAGUUUGCUUUGCUUUUCCUGGGGGCUGUGCUGGGACUACUAGCAGCCCAGGGGACGGGGAAUGACUGCCCUCGCAAGAAAUCGGCCACUCUGGUACCAUCCUUCACGGUGACGCCUACAGCUACGGAAAGCACAACAAGCCAUGGAACCACCAGCCACAGAACUACCAAGAGCCACAGCACCACCACCACAGGCACCAGCCAUGGACCCACUACAACCACUCACAAUCCUGUCACCACGACAAGCCUUGGAAAUACCACGGUUUAUCCAACAAGCAACAGCACUGCCACCAGCCCAGGACCCUUCACCAGCAACAGCACUACCACCAGCCCAGGACCCUUCACCAGCAACAGCACUGCCACCAGCCCAGGACCCUUCACCAGCAACAGCACUGCCACCAGCCCAGGACCCUUCACCAGUUCCCCCAACCCAGGACCACCUCCACCCUCACCCAGUCCCAGCCCAGGCUCCCAGGCAGCUGUAGGAGACUACAUUUGGACUAAUGGCUCCCUGCCCUGUGUCCAUCUCCAAGCCCAGAUUCAGAUUCGAAUUCUGUACCCAACCCAAGGUGGAAGAAAGGCCUGGGGCAUCUCUGUACUGAACCCUAACAGAACCUCGCCCCGGGGAGGCUGUGAGGGUGCCCAUCCCCACUUGCUUCUCUCAUUCCCCUAUGGACAGCUCAUCUUUGGAUUCAAGCAGGAACCACUGCAGAGCACUGUCUACCUGAACUCUGUGGCUAUGGAGUACAAUGUGUCCUUCCCGCAAGCAACACAAUGGACAUUCUCAGUUCAAAAUUCAUCCCUUCGAGAACUCCAAGCUCCGUUGGGCCAGAGCUUCAGCUGCAGAAAUGCAAGCAUCAUCCUUUCACCAGCUUUCCACCUCGACCUGCUCUUCCUGAAGCUACAAGCUACUCACCUACCCCCUACAGGGGCCUUUGGACCAAGUUUUUCUUGCCCCAAUGACCAAUCCACCUGGCUGCCUCUUAUCAUCGGCCUGAUCGCCCUCGGCCUCCUCGCCUUGGUGCUUGUUAUCCUUUGCAUCUCCCGGAGACGUCCACCCGCCUACCAGCCCCUCUGA